GCAGUUUCUAUUGAAUUGACUGGUAUUUGUUCAUUUUACGCAAACACUAGAGUCAUUCAACCAAUCAAAUUAUCACUUUUUAUUUCGCAUCACUGUUCGUUAAUGAUUACUGCGUAAGGAUACACAUAUCCUAGAGUGAUCAGACUUUACGCAAGCUCCAUCCCACACAUUGAUUAUUUGCUGCGCUGGUUGUAGUGUGAGAGUCUGUUGUAUUGUGUCUCUAGUUUUAUACAGAAAAUAACAAUGGCUGAUCAAUUGACAGAAGAACAAAUUGCUGAAUUCAAGGAAGCAUUCUCCCUUUUUGACAAAGAUGGUGAUGGUACCAUUACAACGAAAGAGUUGGGAACAGUCAUGAGGUCGCUAGGCCAAAACCCCACAGAAGCUGAACUUCAGGACAUGAUUAAUGAAGUAGAUGCUGAUGGCAAUGGCACUAUUGACUUCCCAGAAUUCCUUACAAUGAUGGCCAGAAAAAUGAAGGACACAGACAGUGAAGAAGAAAUUCGUGAGGCUUUCCGUGUGUUUGACAAAGAUGGCAAUGGUUUUAUCAGUGCAGCUGAACUUCGUCACGUUAUGACAAAUCUUGGAGAAAAAUUAACAGAUGAAGAGGUAGAUGAAAUGAUCCGCGAGGCUGAUAUUGAUGGUGAUGGUCAAGUUAAUUAUGAAGAAUUUGUGACGAUGAUGACAUCCAAGUAAAUUGUACUCGAACCAGCCAGCAGUACUGUACCAUCCUGAUUCUUUUCCUAUCUCAAAUUGGAUUCUACAACUUUUUAUUCAUUUCCUCGUCUACAAAAUUAUGCCUUUUUAACAAAUAGCCAUGCAAAUUAGUUAGAAACAAAUAUGGAGUAGUCUUUAGGUUAGUUUGUUGUAAAUUUUUUUUUUGUACCAUACAUAUUUAAAUAUUGAUUGAAGUAAUUCCAACUCUGUUGAGUAGCUAAAUUGAAUCUCAUCGCUAUUCGAAACAGUCAUUUCAUUGCUGUUCUUCUCCACUUCUCUUCUCGACUAUUCUAUUUGAUAUAGCAAUUGUCAAAACUGUUGGGAUCCUGCAAAAUGAGAUGAACAUUUUGAACUGCCAUUUUCUAUGAAUUUUUGCUGCAAUGAUGGGCCAUCCCGUGGCACUAAAUCAUCAACCUUUGGGGGCGGGGGUUUGAGGUAGGCUAGAGAUAAGAUGGUCUUUGAGAAGGAAAAAAUUGCCGAGACACAGGACAGAUGGGUUGCGAUUUAGUCAAUUUUUGUUUACUUUUUUGUUAACAGUUCAUGCUGUAAAUAAAUAAAAAAAAAAAAAAUCUUUUUAUUAUUUAAA